AUAAAUUUUAAUCCAAACACUUCAAUUCUUCCUCUUAAACAAACGUCAAAAAACACACACCAAAUAUAAUGGGAUCUAUAAACAAUAUUCAAAAGCCUCAUGCAGUGUGCAUUCCCUUUCCAGCACAAGGUCAUAUAAAUCCCAUGUUAAAAUUUGCCAAAAUCCUUCAUUCUAAAGGCUUCCAUAUCACCUUUGUCAACACCGAAUUCAACCACAAACGUCUCGUAAAAUCUCAAGGCUCGGAUACUCUCAACCGCUUCUCAUCCUUCCAAUUCGAGACCAUUCCCGACGGCCUUCCACCGGCAGAAAAUGAAGAUGCCACCCAAGAUAUUGCCUCUUUAUGCAAGUCCACCUCAGAAACAUGUGUGGAGCCUUUUAAGAAGCUACUUUUGAAGCUCAAUAAUAGCACAACAUUACCUCCAGUGAGUUGUGUAGUUUCUGAUGGUGUAAUGAGCUUCACUCUUGAUGUAACACAAGAAUUGGGCAUCCCUAAUGUUCUGUUUUGGACAACUAGUGCUUGUGGUUUCUUGGCUUAUGCACAUUAUGCAACUCUCAAGCAAAAGGGAUUCAUUCCACUAAAAGAUGCUGCUGACUUAACCAAUGGGUACUUGGAUACAACCGUUGAUUGCAUUCCUAGCAUGAAAGGCAUACGCCUAAAAGACAUACCAACUUUUGUAAGAACCACUGAUCCAGAUGAAUUCAUGGUCCAAUUUGUUCUCCGAGAAACUAGUAGAGCGAAAAACGCUUCAGCAAUAAUCCUCAAUACCUUUGAGGACUUAGAACAAGACGUGUUAGACGAGCUUCGUUCAAUUUAUCCUCCUGUUUACUCAAUUGGACCAUUACAUACACUAGCCAAUAGUAUGGAGAAAAAUGAUCUUCAGUUAUUAGGCUCAAAUCUUUGGAAAGAAGAGACCGAAUGCCUAGAAUGGCUGGAUUCAAAAGAACCGAAUUCAGUUGUGUAUGUGAAUUUUGGGAGCAUCACUGUGAUGACACCUCAACAACUAGUCGAGUUUUCUUGGGGACUUGCUAAUAGUAACCAGACCUUUUUAUGGGUUAUUCGACCCGACCUUGUAUCAGGGGACUCACCGGUACUACAACCCGAGUUCUUGGAAACGACGAAAGACAGAGGAUUACUUUCAAGUUGGUGCCCUCAAGAAAAAGUUUUGAGCCACCCUGCAAUAGGAGGGUUUCUGACACAUAGUGGAUGGAACUCGACUCUGGAGAGUAUAUCUAGUGGUGUCCCAAUGAUUUGUUGGCCUUUUUUUGCCGAACAACAAACGAAUUGUUGGUAUAGUUGUAACAAAUGGGGUAUUGGAAUGGAGAUUGAUAAUAAUGUGGAUAGAAAAGAGGUUGAAAAUCUGGUGAAAGUUUUAAUGGUUGAAGAAAAGGGUAAUGAGAUGAGAGAAAUGGCUAGGAUUUGGAAGAAAAAGGCUGAUUUCAUGUCAUCUUGGUUGAACAUUAACAACCUCAUCAACCAAGUUUUACUAUGAUUUGAUUUAUUGUGAGAAAGUUUCUGUAAGAUGUUGCAUUUCUUAAAGAUUGUACUACACUUUCAAAUUAAUUUGCUCAAUUUACAUGUUAUAAUUGCUUCGUUGAACAAUUGUUGGUUGCGGGUCGGUAUGGCAAUUUGAUUCGAGCUUCGAUUUGGCCGGUA